UUUCUUUCUUGGAGGGGAGGAAGCGCGAGGGCGGAGCGAUGGGCUGGGGCUGGGACGCGGCGAAGUUCUUGGCGAAGUCCCUGCUCGUAUCGAUGCUGGCGGGGAUGGUGAUCAAAUUUAGUUUCGAGGGACCGGUCACCAGGAUGAUCGAGGGGCCGAUCACCAGGAUGAUCGAGGGCCCGGUCGACAGGACGAUCACAGGGAUGAUCGAGGGGCCGAUCAACAGGAUGAUUACAGGGAUAAUCGAGGGGCCGAUCAACAGGAUGAUCACAGGGACGAUCCAGGGACCGGUCACGGAGCUGGUCUAUGGCCCGAUCCGAGAAACGGCGGCCCAGAUCCUGUGGGCGUGGCUGCCAGCGGCGUGGUUCGCACAGAUGUUUCCUCGCAUCGCAAAGGUGCCAAGAUCUGGAGAGCCCGCCCCCACCGGCAACGAUGCUCAUCGAUCCAAGCCCAAGCUCCUGCUGCCGGAGCUUGGCAAGGGAAAGGAGGUGCCAUCCCGGACGAGCCAAGCCUUCAUGAGGGUUCCGUGUUCCAGGAUGUGCACCGCUCGUGCCGCCGAGUCCUCUCACUCUCCUUGACGAUGGCCUCUGUCCUUUCUUUCCUCUCUCACGGACGGAUCGACCCUAGUUUCUCUCCCUCUCGGAUCGCAUUCUUGUUUUGCUCGAGAAUCCGAGAUUCUUGUAUCUACUCUGCUCCGAUCGAUGAAACGAUCGUUGAAACGAAUUUACUUGUUUUGCUCGAGAA